AUGAUGCAGCUUGAAUUCUCAAAAUUUUUCUUUGCUUCAGUGAUGGGGACAGGAAUGACUCUACAUGCUUCUCUUUCCGGAAGCUGGUCCUGUCUGAACCUGCAGGCAGUCAGGCUCCAGGAGCGAGGAGCUUACCAGCCUCCAACUCCAGAGCGGAUGGUGAUUGAUAAGAAGCAUUCAAGAGCGACACUGCAAGGGAGACAGCCGGGCCCCAGGCCAGGCAGCUGGGGUUUCCUCCCACGGACAGAAACUCCCAGAGAGCAGGAGCAGCAAGAAGACUUGUCCUGCCCAGAUAAGCGGCAGAAACCACGUGUUCCUCACUGUCAAAGUCAAGGAGACCUCCCCGACUCCACACACACAGCAAGUCUCCUCGGAGGGUGA